AUGGCCGACUCCUGGGAUGCCCCAAUCCAGACCCGCCCCGACAACGGUGGUUCGUGGUUCGAACUCUCCAUGGAGCCCAAGAGCCUCAUCACGCUUACCACUGCCGUUGUCCCAACGGUACAGCCCACUGCACUCGCCGAGGAGACUCCCUCCAAGGGCACCACACCCUGGUUGUACGCCACGGUGGGAUGUAUCAUCGUCAUCGUUUUCCUUCUCAUCUUUAUCUGCAUCCAGUGGAUGGGACACAGACAGGUUCACAGGGAGGAUAAGAGCCGGAAGCAGGCGGAGCGCCGAGUUGAGGCCAUCAUGAGGGACAACCGUGAGUAUCAGAAGGAUGAGGAGGAGGGUGCUCGUCCCUAA